AUGAAGGAUACCUUUCACACACCCAGAGUGGCAGACUCGACAGAUCCAACGGAGAUGUUUACACCACCAGAUGCAUUAUUCUCACAAGAACUGGCACCAGUCAAGUUUUCUCAUCACCAAAAUGAUUCUGCCUUUAGCGUCCCCGUCUCUCGACACGAAGACGAUGCAGUCACUCCUUCGAAGGAGCGGGAGCUCGCGUUCGACAAUCACGAUGUGUAUAUACGGAACGCAGUCAAUGUUCAUGAAUAUCCAAACACGGAUAUCACGGGGUAUGCAUCCUCACCAACUCUGCACCGUGCACGAAGACCCUCCCCUCAUAAUUCCUCCACUGCAGCCUCCGGCUUUAAACUCUCUCGAGAGGCAGUCAUUCGACGGGUGAUCGUCGACGGCCGAGACGAUAAGGACUAUUUCUCGCGUAGUGUCACCUUGCCCCUCAGAGAAAACGGAGUCUACGAAAUUGAUAGUACAGAGAAUGUGCGAAAGCGAAAAGGUGGCCAGCAAAAACUCCCCUGGAAAUUCAAAUAUCUCGUCGAAGAACGGCGUCAUGCUCUAACAAAUGAGGUGAUUCCCACCGAGAAGAUCCUCCGUCCAAUUUGUUUCGUCUGUUCACCGGAGCUGCUCUUACCGUCGCAGGCAAUAACAGUCACUAUGGCCCAUCUCCUCUCCAAAAGUUUUCGGCCUUCUUUGGUCGCCAAGCGUGUAACCCCUCCAGCUAUGCCAACUCCAGUGACAGCUAUCGCUACGCCUUUAGAGUCUACUAUGGGAGGUAUACUGCCAAAUAACGAGCGACGCCGGAGUCGGGUUGGUAGCGUAGUCAAAUCGCUUUCACGUCCGACCACGCCGGCCACCGAUCGAAGACUUCGAGGAACCAGAACGCGCGGGUCAUCGUUUGCAAGUGGUAGUCUACCCAUUACUCCCCAAACUAGUGUGACAAGACCCGAUCUUCUGGUGCCGAGCGCUGCGUACCCGACACCAGGUUCUUCCAGUCUCCAAGCACCAAGCCAUCAUGGAUCGCAUGUCAAUUUGUCAACUCAAUCUGCACCAGAUUCUGGUCGCCCUUCUACUGCAAGGAAGGGCCUUAUGCUCGAUUGGGAUCCUCCAGAGACGAUGAAGCAACUCUUUGUCCCACGUGCCCGUCGCGCAUCCGAAUCGUCCUCCAAGAAGCCACGUAGUGUUGGCAAUAUACUCGGAAAGUCUCCUAAGCUCCUUUCGGGCGCACUGUUCACUCGCCCACGCUCCAAUAGUCGGCCAGCCACCGCCGGAACAGAAAGGUCCCAGUUCUCGUUUGAUCACGGCUUUUCGCAAUAUACGCUUACACCUGCGGCCUCUGACAUACCACCCGUUCCCGUCCCGCCAUUGCCUUGGUUGAUCCCAACAGACGACGAAGUGUUCUCUCUUCUUGGACGGAUGGCCAAGGUUGUCAACAAGGAGCAAGAGAGGCUAGAAAAUCUUGCCAGAAUGCAUAAUUCGAGGGAGGCACGGAUUGAAAGAGUCGAUUCUUCCGGAGAUCUCAGUGUUAUUUCCAGCACCCCAGGCACCCCUCGCCAACCAACUGAUACACCGUUCACUCUACGACCAAUUGCAUCGUUUAAGACUUUAGAGAGAAUAGCUCGAAACGUUCUUUGGCUUCCAAGCGACCGUCGACCGCGGGUGAAGCGUACAACCGUUUGA